CGGCCGGCAGCUCGCGGGAGGAAACGAAGCCGUCCAGCCCCUCGUCGAGGAGACGAACGCCCCCCCGGGGCUCGCCGCUUCGGAUCUUCCGACAACGGCGCCUCGAUGGCAAUCGCCAGGAGGCUCUCGCGCCAGUCUAAUCGCACGCCCGCACGUGCCGACCAGCGUCGCGAGCCGACGAUAUAGCGCCGGCCGACCGAUCUCUCUCGCCGUUGUCGUUACGCGGAGAGUUAUCGAGCGGCGAGCGGCGUGGAACGCGCCGCGUUUUGUAGAAAUAUUUACCUCGGCGACGGCGACGGCGGCGCGCGCGAACGUCCGCGUGCAGAUCAGCCUGCCCCGGGUAUCGUUUGUUUACGGCAAUCGCGUCCGCUCGUCCCCGUCGCGAUUCCCAUGCGAUUGUCGCCUGAUCGAUCGCUGUGCGCGCGUGGAUAGGAAAUCCAGCGGAGGAAGAGUCCAGCAGCGGCGUCUUGGCUGAGAGAGAGAGAGAGAGAGAGAGAGAUUCGUAUCGGCGCGUGGGACACCGGAACGUCUCUUCUUUCCCCGAACUCACUUCCCGACCUCGUCCUGUCAAAUGGUGGAGCGCAAGCAUCAGCGGCGCACCAUGGAGGACAGCGCGCAGGGUGCCCCGAGCGCCGUCCUCGAGGAGAUUUUCUACGUGACGUCGAAGCGGAACACGUACUACAAGGUGAAGCUGACGGAGAAGGGCCUGAGCCUGCAGAAGGAGCACAACGGCGCCGCCAAGAUCGAGACGAUCGCCCUGGCUGACAUAAUCGGCUGCAGGUGCAUGCGGUCGAAGCGCAGGAACGCGGGCAGCUGCGCCUGCCGACCGGGCGCGUCCAAGUCGCAGAUGAAGCUGGUGGAGUCGGCCGAGAUCUACCAGCAGUGCGACGAGCUCGACACGUCGGCCUACCUGUACAUAUACGCGUACACGCUGAAGAAGGCGCGCAUGAAGGUGAGCAGCGUGAGGCGCGAGCGCACGACCAUCACCCUGCGCUUUCGCAGCUUCGACAAGUACGAGGACAACCUGCGCGAGGCGAGCAGAUGGCGGCUGGCGAUCAAGUGCCUGGUCGCCAACGUGCCGGUGCCGAGGAACCUCAUGAGCCCCAGCCACGGCAACCUGGAGACGCUGGUCGGGGCGUGCCCGGGCGAGAGUCGGAAGCUCCUGGUGCUGUUGAACCCGAAAUCGGGGCCCGGCAGGGGCAGGGAGACCUUCCAGAAGAGGAUCCAUCCAAUCCUGUCGGAGGCGGAGAGAUCGUACGAGAUUCAUAUUACCAAGUGUCCUAAUUACGCUCGCGAGUUCGUGCGCAUGAGGGACAUCUAUCAGUGGAGCGGCUUGCUGAUGGUCGGCGGUGACGGGAUCGUCUUCGAGGUGGUGAACGGGCUUUUCCAGAGGCCCGAUUGGGAGAGAGCGCUUCGCGAAUUGCCGCUCGGGGUGAUACCGUGCGGCUCCGGCAACGGCUUAGCAAAGUCUAUCGCCUACGCGAAGAAAGAACCGUACGAUCGCAAUCCCCUGCUUAUCAGCGCGCUAUCGGCGGUCAAGUGCAAAAGGACAUCGAUGGACAUCGUGCGCGUAGAAACAAGGAGUCAGAUCCUUUUCUCGUUCCUGUCAGUAGGCUGGGGCCUGCUCGCCGACAUUGACAUCGAAAGUGAACGACUGCGUGCCAUCGGAGGCCAAAGAUUCACCGUGUGGAGCGUUGCGCGCCUAAUAGGAUUGAGAACGUACAAAGGCAAAGUGUCCUAUUUACCAUGCAGCAAGGUCCCACCGACGGAAAAUAUGGGAAACGGCAAGAUAUUUCACAAGGACUACGUCACGGAGAACAUACUGUCGCACUCGAGAAGCUACGGCGACGAAUUGGACAGGUGUUGUGCCGAACCUGAAUCAGUACCGAAAGGCUUCUACAAUACUUUCGGUGAAUCAUCCAACGAAUUAAACGGUUGCGACGAUAACGACGUGAUAACUGAGAACCUCGCCCUCGAGACGGAAAACGAGAGGAGGCACCGACUCGACAGUUUCUACUCCGCAACGUCGGUCAAGUCGACUUAUUUCAGCACAGGUUCGGCCUCGAGUUAUCACAGCGUGGAGGACGAUGAUAGCGCGGAGAUUGCCGCAGAAAACAUCUGUAACAAUCAAGUUAUGUACGGACCGUCAUCUACACUUCCGGCACUAACAACGCAGCUCUCCAACUGCUGGACAACGGUCCAAGGGGAAUUCAUAAUGGUGCAUGCAGCUUAUCAAACGCAUUUGGGACAGGACUACUUUUUCGCGCCACGUGCUACAUUAGCAGAUGGAAUUAUUUGGCUUUUGAUAGUUAAAGCCGGUAUUACACGGGCCAACUUAGUACAAUUUUUAUUAGGUCUGAGUAGCGGGACUCAUGUGACUUGUCCUGGCGUUGAUAUGAUACCUGUCAAGGCAUUCCGGAUAGAACCUAUGGAAGGAAUGAGCGGACAUAUAACCGUGGACGGCGAAGAAGUUGAUUACGGUCCGCUGCAAGCUGAGAUAUUUUCUUCCGUAGCAUCGGUGAUGACACCCUGACAUAAACGAUAAUCAUGUGUAUUUAACGCGGUGAUAUCAACAACAAAAUCAAAUAAUCCUCGGAUAUGAUCCGAGAGGAGGAAUUUGUUCUAGGCUAGCUUACAAUUAGAGAAUAAAUUAGGUAUAUAAUAGUAACACCAAACUGUUAAUGUAUAUUAAUAUUCUAUCUAUGAAGAUAUUUCGGAUUGUAAACUUUAAAUUGACAAUCUAUGUAGGCUGUUUAAAUCUCAAUCUAUCACCUUGCGAUACGUUCGCUCAGGAAGAAGAGUUCUUUUCCCUCUUCGUGAUGAAGAGACCGAUAGAUACAUACAUAAAAUUAUUUAUUAACCUAGAGCUGGACGGGUUAAAUCUGUUGCAUCUUAAUAGAUACAUUUAGCCAUUUUGUAAAGUUUUCUAUCAGUUUGUACAGUGUAUCUAUACAUGCAACAUAAUGAUAUUAUUUGUGCUCACUAUUGUAAACUGUAAUAUUACGUGUAAGAUACUAUAUUUUGUUACCAUGGUUAAAUAAAUUAAUAAAUUGCGUUGUUUUUCACGCAUGAAAUAUUUUGCGAGUCGAUACUAAUCAAGUGCAUAAGAAAAGUGUAAACUUUAUUAUCACAUCUUAAUACGUUUUGCGUCUUACAUCUCUAAUGCACAGUAAAAUGAUGCUGCAUUGUUUACGAUUCGAUAUAUAUGCUGCACAAAUGAAAAUAGUAUUUUAACGAUAAGUAACAUGCCGCGGCAUGUUGUCGGUUUGGUUACAUACGAGCCAUUUCCUUUACUUUCCAUACUAAAAGAACGAUACCCGACGGGAAUUAUAAAUUGUUAAGUCACAAUGAGAUCAAUUAGGUAUGACACGUCUGUCAUACUUGAAAAUGCUAAAUUGCCAAUGUUAAGAUUUAGUUAGCGGUCUUGAAUUCGUCCCCUUAAUCGAAUUAUACGGUAUAUUUUUUUCACGCGCGAUUAUUGUUAUACUUAAUAAACGGAAUUGAGGUUGAAA